UCACAAUUCGACACGAUCUAAGUGAGCUUUCAGAAAAGAAGCACGCUGAAAUCUGUCGUGUCAGUUUGAAAACCAUCAGAAAAGCGACGAGAAUUACGGUGAUAUCCAAGCAUUUUAUGAACUAAAUAUUGAUCAUCGUUGGUCAUUUGCAUCUAAUAUAAAUUCUACACAGAAAACUGACUAUAACUGGUCACGAUGAAGAAAUUUUUCGUGAUUUUCUGCCUGGUGGCAUUCUGCGCCACAGCAUAUGUGAGAGCUGAAGAAGAGGAGGAAGAGGAAGAUGCUGCGAAAAAAGAGGAUAAAGAUAGCGUAGGCACAGUCAUUGGAAUUGAUCUUGGAACAACAUAUUCAUGUGUUGGAGUAUUCAAGAAUGGUCGCGUGGAAAUCAUUGCCAAUGACCAAGGUAAUCGUAUCACCCCAUCAUACGUAGCUUUCACUUCUGAGGGUGAACGUUUAAUUGGAGAUGCUGCCAAGAAUCAGCUGACCAGCAACCCCGAGAACACAGUCUUUGAUGCCAAGCGUCUGAUUGGUCGUACUUGGUCUGAGCCAUCUGUUCAACAUGACUUGAAAUAUUUCCCAUUCACAGUCAUGGAGAAGAAUAGCAAACCCCAUGUCAAAGUUGCCAUGGGUGAUGAACAGAAAAUUUUCGCACCUGAAGAAAUCUCUGCUAUGGUGCUUGGAAAGAUGAAAGAGGUUGCAGAGGCUUAUCUUGGCAAAAAAGUGACUCAUGCUGUUGUGACUGUACCUGCCUACUUCAAUGACGCACAAAGACAGGCAACGAAAGAUGCUGGAGUUAUCGCUGGCCUUAAUGUGAUGAGAAUCAUCAAUGAACCAACUGCUGCUGCUAUUGCCUACGGUCUUGACAAGAAGGAAGGAGAGAAGAACAUCCUUGUAUUUGAUCUUGGUGGUGGAACUUUUGAUGUCUCCCUCCUCACUAUUGACAAUGGAGUCUUUGAGGUCAUCUCAACCAAUGGAGACACUCAUCUUGGUGGAGAAGAUUUUGACCAACGUGUGAUGGAGCACUUCAUCAAGCUCUACAAGAAGAAGAAGGGCAAAGACAUCAGGAAAUCCAACCGUGCUGUCCAGAAGUUGCGUCGUGAAGUUGAAAAAGCAAAGAGGGCUCUCUCAUCCCAGCAUCAGACAAGAAUUGAAAUUGAAUCUCUGUAUGAUGGAGAAGAUUUCUCAGAAACUCUUACCAGGGCCAAGUUUGAAGAAUUGAACAUGGAUUUGUUCCGCUCCACAAUGCAACCAGUCAAGAAAGUAAUGGAAGAUGGUGACUUGUCUAAAAAUGAAGUAGAUGAAAUUGUUCUUGUUGGAGGUUCCACUCGUAUCCCUAAGGUUCAACAGCUUGUGAAAGAAUACUUCAAUGGCAAGGAGCCAAGCAGAGGUAUUAACCCUGAUGAGGCUGUAGCUUUUGGUGCUGCUGUCCAGGCUGGUGUCCUCAGUGGAGAAGAUGACACUGGAGAUCUUGUACUUCUCGAUGUCAAUCCUCUCACUAUGGGUAUCGAAACUGUCGGAGGCGUCAUGACCAAAAUCAUCCCAAGAAACACUGUUAUCCCAACUAAGAAAUCCCAAAUCUUCUCAACUGCUGCCGAUAAUCAGCCAACUGUAACUAUCCAGGUAUUCGAGGGUGAGCGACCCAUGACCAAAGACAACCAUCUUCUCGGAAAGUUUGAUCUCCAGAACAUCCCCCCAGCCCCACGUGGAGUUCCCCAGAUUGAGGUCACAUUCGAGAUUGACGCUAAUGGUAUUUUGAAGGUAUCUGCUGAGGACAAGGGUACAGGAAACAAAGAAAAGAUCACAAUUAAUAAUGACCAAAACAGGCUCAGUCCAGAAGACAUUGAGCGCAUGAUAAAUGACGCUGAGAAAUAUGCAGCUGAUGAUGAGAAAGUAAAAUCAAAGGUUGAAGCUAGAAAUGAACUAGAAUCAUACGCAUAUUCAUUAAAAAAUCAAGUAGGUGACAAAGAAAAACUAGGAGCUAAAUUAAGUGAUGAAGAUAAAGAAAAAAUCACUGAAGCUCUUGAUGAAAAAAUUAAAUGGUUAGAAGCUAAUCAAGAAGCUGAAGCUGAAGACUUUAAAACACAAAAGAAAGAGCUAGAAGACAUUGUUCAACCUAUUAUGAGCAAAUUGUACGCUGAUGCCGGUGGUGCUCCACCACCUGAGGGAGGAGAAGAGCAAGAGCAAGAGAAAGAUGAGUUAUAAAAAACUCUAGUUUUAGGAAAUAAUAUUCAAAAUGAUCAAUCCCAGAUUAUCUAAGAUUGAUGAUUCUGUCUAAACCAAAUUAUUCCACUGGGCAGAGUGAUCACUCCUCGCUGGAGUUGAUCAUUUUGACUAAAAUCUUGUAGUAUUCAGACCUAAGAGGGUUAAUAAAUCAAAGGUUCUACAUUGAUAAUCUGAACAAGUUUCAAGUGAAGUAAAAGCAAUGCUUCCCACCCUCAUUGGCCAACAUUUUGAUAACUAAAUGCUCAGGUCUAUGAUCAAUAAUUAGGGCUGUAAUUAUAAAGAAAACAAUAGAUUCUAACCUUAUUCAAUUUUUGUAAUGUGGAAUGUGUAUCUUUUUUUUGUUAGACUAUUUGUAAUUUAUUUUAUUAUUCAGUUAUUCAGUACUCUAAGCCAGAAUGGUCACAUAAAAUGCAAUACAUUAUACUGAAUACAUUAUGUAAUAAAAAGCCUAGGGUCUCCUUUUAUGGGUGGAAAAGUGUUUUGGUGGUAUUUUUACAUUUAAUACCAUAUUAUGUAAACAUUCUGGCACCCAUAUCAAUUUAAAUGUUUUCAUAUCUUCCAAAUUCAAUAGUAUGUUUUAUGGGAAAUGGUACCAAAUUACAAAGGGAAAGCUGUAAAGCUGUUCUUUUUCUUAAAGAUUGUUCAGUCAAAACUGCUCAAUAUAGUGUACAAUUCAAUCCCAUGUGCU